UCGUACGGUACACUUUGUUUCUUGCCGUAAUAACCGCAUUACGCUGCGGAUAAAUUGUCGCAGCGCAAGGUAAGCGUGGCCAGGUAGGAGUCACCCGAUAAAAAGGGCAACAUACCUGCUUCUGCUUUCAAUUUUGAAAUAUAGCGGAGGAACAAAGAAAUAUGGAGCAAAACUGCUAAUCGUAUCGAUAUAAAUCCAUCACUUCGCUUAUAGCCAUUUCCCGCAGUCGUUGGCUAUGGCUUGCGCGGCGCUGUAGUCAUGAGGUGCCAGGUAUCAGGAAUCUGAGUGACGGAAACGUAGCCCAAGCUGUGCUCAGGACGACUCGCAGUCCCUUCACCAUGUCCUCAGGACCAUGGCGAGAUGCCGAGCUGCUAAACUCAGCAGAGUCAAAGAAGACUGAGAUUAGGGCCCAGGAGAAAAAAUGCUCAUGGGCCUCCUACAUGACCAACUCCCCCACAGUGAUUGUGAUGAUUGGCCUUCCUGCGAGGGGCAAGACCUACAUGUCCAAGAAGUUGACUCGCUACCUCAACUGGAUAGGUGUGCCAACCAAAGUGUUCAACCUGGGCGUUUAUCGGCGAGAGGCCGUCAAGGCCUACAAGUCCUACGACUUCUUCAGACAUGACAACGAGGAAGCGAUGAAAAUAAGGAAACAAUGUGCUCUUGUGGCUCUGCAAGAUGUAAAAUCAUACCUGAAUGAGGAAGGAGGCCAAAUUGCUGUGUUUGAUGCCACAAACACGACACAGGAGAGAAGAGACCUCAUUCUUGGUUUUGCAAAGGAGAACGGCUACAAGGUGUUCUUUGUCGAGUCCGUUUGUGACGACCCAGAAGUGAUUGCUGCCAACAUUCUGGAAGUCAAGGUGUCCAGUCCAGAUUAUCCCGAGAGACACAGGGAGCGAGUGAUGGAUGACUUUCUUAAGAGAAUCGAAUGUUACAAAGUGACAUACCAGCCGCUGGACCCCGAUGAAUACGACAAGGACACGUCUUUCAUCAAGGUGAUCAACGUAGGGCGCCGCUUCCUGGUAAAUCGCGUGCAGGACUACAUCCAGAGCAAGAUAGUGUACUAUCUGAUGAACAUCCAUGUGCACUCGCACUCCAUCUACCUGUGCCGACACGGAGAGAGCGACCAUAACAUGCAGGGCCGCAUCGGUGGGGAUUCGGAGCUGUCUGCACGCGGUAAACAGUUUGCUCAUGCGCUGAAGAGCUUCAUUGAGGAACACCAGCUUUCGGACCUGAAGGUUUGGACUAGCCAGUUGCGGAGGACCAUCCAGACGGCCGAGGAGCUGGGUGUGCCCUACGAGCAGUGGAAGAUCCUCAAUGAGAUUGAUGCGGGGGUGUGUGAGGAGAUGACCUACAAGAUGAUUGAAGACUCCUUUCCAGAGGAGUUUGCACUGCGGGACCAGGACAAGUACCACUACCGCUACCCUGGAGGGGAGUCCUACCAGGACCUGGUGCAGCGACUGGAACCCGUGAUCAUGGAGCUGGAAAGGCAGGGAAACGUGCUGGUCAUCUGCCACCAGGCUGUCAUGCGCUGCCUGCUUGCCUACUUCCUGGACAAGAGUGCAGAUGACCUGCCCUACCUGAAGUGUCCUCUUCACACUGUCCUUAAGCUAACCCCAGUGGCCUACGGGUGUAAAGUGGAAAUGUUUUGCUUGAAUAUAGAGGCUGUGAACACACAUCGCGAUCGACCGUUUAACAAAAUCCGGAGGGACCCCGGGCCGGUACUGCUCCGCCGGAAUAGUUACACCCCCCUGUCCAGUCACGACCAGGUCAAGCGACCACGGCUCUACAGCGCCGGAAACAGGCCUUGGCUGCCCCUCGCCCCCUCCUCGUCUGCCCUGCAAUUCCCGGAGGCGCCAGAGGGGGCGAUGCUACUGCAGCAAAGCCAACCUCAUACAGGGAGCAGAUGUCUGAGUCUCUCAGCGAAGGAAUCGACUGCGACAGCCCAGAAGAAACUGGUGACUGUAUCCACUUCUGAGUAGAGAAGUCGAGCCUUGCCCCUCCAACACCCGAUCCUCCUGCUCUCUGCUCAGCUUGCAGUUCACACCUUCUCUCCUUAUUCGACUAUCGGCUCCCUUAUCUCUCUACUUUUCAUCCCGGGAUUUUUGGCUUCAUUGCAUAUCUCCAGAAUGGCACUGUACGUUCAUCUGUAUCUAAAGGCUACAAAAACAUAGAAAAAGGAACAUCUGCAUGUGCUAAAAACAUAUGCAGCAUGAUUAAGCUUGUCAUUCUAAGCGAUGCCUUAUCUCUGACAGUGUCUCCCUGAAUGUACAGGGUGUAUCAGUGUCAAGGACUGUUAACCAUGAAUGCUGUACUUUAUGCCCAUCAAUGAAAUCUAAAUGAACAUACACUCUCUCUCCUCAACUUACGAACAUAAUUGGGACUAAAAGUCUGUUUGCAGCUUCUUUUGUUCAUAACUGCAAAGUCACCUUUACCAUUAAGUCACACUACAUAUGCCCCACUGAUUUAUUUAGCGGUCAUAAAAUCUUGUAGCUACAGUAAGUUAAAAAAUUCUCAUUUUAUUAAAUUUAAAAUUACUGAAAGUUAAAAAUGUCAUUUCUACCAACUGUUGACUGAUUCACACGCAAUGUUCCUCAUCUCCUUGACACACUCAUCUGUUUAUUUUGGGCUCCAUGGUGACGCUAUGCCUCUUGUUACAGAGCCAGUUAGUCUCAUUACACUCACAAGCUCCAGUAAAGAGCUGUAAACACUGCAGAAGCAAGUUGAAUUAAGGUAGUCCCCUAUUCCAAUCCUAAGGGAAUCCCACACACUUAUUGCUGAGUAGCAUUCACUCAGGUGCACAGAGAAAUUUUAGAGAAUAUAAAUGUAAAAAUGCCUUUUUUUAAUGUAACUCAAUUGUUUGUAAAUUGAGGAGCAAGUGUAUGCAUUUUGGUUCUGUUCAUUUGCUCCGUGUAUUAAAUUAGCAUAGGUCAACACUGUUUUUAUGCUCAUUAUAAUGAUGUUUCUUAAUUUUUUAUUUUAAAUGAUGCACUUUUAGAGAGUUUCAUGUUAGAACUAGGAUACUGUCCAAAUAGGAACUUUUAUUUAUUAAGAUCAGUUUUUGAGCUUAGUGUAUAACUGUAUAUGUUGACAGCCAAGACCUUCCAGUAUAGUAAGUAAGGAAACAACUGCAAAAAAUGGGUGAAAAGACUGAUAAGAAGGUCUUAUACAAAAGCACAGUCCAACAGCAUACUGGUCUGGAAGUGCAGUUUGCCUUUGAGAAUCCAAGAGCUUUAUGGUCAUUUUAAUAACUGUGAAAUUAAGUUAUUUGAACCACAGGGAACCCUUUUUUUUAAAUUCUGCAGCACAUUACACAUUUUUACAAGGAAAAUAGACAAAGAUAACAAGGAUAAAUUAAUGUUAAUGCUCAUGAAUAAUGAAAAUGCUUUGGGGGAGAAAUUGCCACUUAAUAAUUUCCUUUUGUAAAAGUGGCAUAAUUGCUGCGUAAUGAUUUUAAAAUUAUUCAGGUUUAAUAGUUUUAGAUUUAGCAUUCUGUGUUACAAGAAGCAAAGCCGCACAUGCAUUUUUAACUACACAUAUAUUACUGAGGUGUUUAAAAGACUUUUGUGACUUUAAACCAGAAAAACAAAUUGUGCAUAAAUUUUAUGAGUUCAAAUGUAUAUAUUAUGCUUGCUAAACUGUAUUUGAAAACAGGCUCUUCUGUUUUUAUAAAUGUACCCGUGUCAGCUGUGUUUGACUUAUUAACAGUUUGGACAGCCUGGUUUUACCUGCACAGUGUGUGAUCACUGACUGUACCUGAGCAUGUGUGUUUGCCAGUCUGCUGCUGCAUUAAGAACAAGCUGCUGAUGCCGGUGUUCAUGAGACUCAUACUAAACGCACAAGAAUGUCUGAAUGAGAGAAAAAAUUACAGUAUGACAAAGAUAUUCUCUUUAGAGGGGAACCCAUUUUACGAAGUCUGCUGUUUAUUAUCUGUGCCUUAGGGGCAAGCUUUACCUAUCAGCUUUUGAGAGCGUGCAUGUUUAGAGUCACGAAUGUGCAUCUCUACAAUCGGUCUGCCACAUGUCGUGGAGGUUUCCUCAUUAAACACGUAAAAUAUGACCACACUGAACCUCAUGUUCCGAUCUCAAAGAAGAGCCAAUGUAUAAUGAGUGUACAGUACUUUAUGAAUGUAUCUGGCCACCAGCUGGAGCACACUGUAUUGGAAAAGCAUUUCACAUGGACUACUGACCAU